AUGUCAUUCUUCUUGCGCGAGAUCACUCCGAUUCGAGAAAACGCACCCGAUGCGGCCGACAAUUUGCCGGAAUCGACGAGAGUCUCGCGGCAACUUUCCAAUUUGUUGUACAAAUGCGCCGAGAAUACAUGCAAAUCGGAGAUCUUGAAAAUUCCUAGCGUUUUAGACACCGCUUCGGCUCAUAGUAAAGAAGAUAAAGCUCGAGAUAAUGCGAUUCUUGAAAGUAUGGAUGUGCUCAACUCGAAAUUUGUCGUCGGACCACCAUCAUCGUUUGCGUGUAUCGCAAUGGCAAAGUGCAUUCUGGCAAGAUAUGGUGGAUACGAAUUGAAGAAACAGCUAGCUGGAGGUGAUACGCCGAAGUGCAAUGAAGAGGUGGACGAGAGUAGUGGAAUCAAGACAGAUCAGUUAGUUGGUACCAGCCUCACGUGUGUUUUCGACGUCCUUCAACAACUUAGUCGUCGCGAUUCGGAUCUUUGCGUUCAAGCAUUAGAUUCGCUUUUAUCGUUGAUUCAAGCAAUGCCGAUUGAGUGUUUGAAGUCCGAAAAUAGAAUAUCUGUGGCAUCUAUGAUGCAAGUGUUAAAAAAUUUACGAGAAGAAGGAUCACCAGCGGUUUGCUCAAAAGCUACAUCCUGCCUAGCCGCAUUAUCUAUUGCUUCCGGUGAACCUGAGCAUUUGAGCAGCGCCAUUCAAUCGUUGAUAUGCAUCACAGCUAAGAGGCGUGGGAGUCUGGACUCGACUUAUGAUUGCAUUCAAAUUCCCGAAAAUCUACGAAAGGUGUUACUUAAAAUUCAGAGAAAAGUUCAUCAGCGAUCAGACGGAGUGCCAUGCUGGGCGUCAACUGCGAUUGAAAAUCACGCUGUUUCUUGCUCUUUUGAUUUACCUAGUUUGCCGGAUAGUUCUCCCAAUGAUACCCCGGACGACGAUCAUAGACUAUAUUCAACGAUAGCAUGCGAUGGUAGUUUCGUUUAUGUGCUCAAUUAUGUUGGACUGUACAAAUUGGGAUCUGGCCUACAAGAAACUGUCAUCGGGAAACUGUAUGCGGCGAAUCAGGGAUUGAAAGCAACUAAAAACUGUAUGAUGGCCUUGUGUAACGGAUCAUUGUAUCUUCGCAGAAGCCACUCCUCAUGUAUUUCCGUAAUUGACACCGAUUCACUUCAAGAUAUUGGGGAAGUGAUAUUGCCACCCGGCGCCGUGCAGAACGCAUUAUUUUCCGAUGGAUCAAACUUCUAUAGCGCAAUUCUAGUUGCUAAUUCUACCCUAUCGACAAUUCAAUUAAAUGACUCAUUUGUACCAUCUACCGAAUCGAUGUCCCGAAAAAAUUUUCGUCUGACGGAUGUCACGUUCACGGCUUAUGGUGAUACUAGGCCACCUCAUAUUUUACCCAGGCAUUUACCUAAUAAUCUACACUCACAAGCUGCUGAUCUUCACAUCUCUAAAGAUAUGGCUCUGCUUCAAGCGCGUUCGGGAAAGGUCUACUACGCUGGUAAUGGAACUCGAUUCGGACUUCAGGAGACUGGAAACACCUGGAUGGAAUUGGUUUUACCUGAACCUAUUGUUCAAAUAUCAGUUGGGGUUGAUCAUAUUUUAUUCCGUUCUGGGGCUGGACAUGCAUGGAUUGCGAGUUUUGAUGAGAAAAAGAAGCACAAUGGAAGAAUGAAGCGCCUUUUUGCUCCUGUUCGACGAAAAAUUGUCAGCAUUGCGUCAUCUGGACACAUGUACGCAUAUGUGACCGAGAAUGGAAAAGCAUUCCUUGGUGGUCAUCAUAAUAUGAGAGUCAAUGCUUCGAAUCAGUCUAUUGCAGGAAUGGAUUGGGUCCAUGUGUCUUCAAUCGUUCUUGGAAAAACUCACGGAGUUGCCGUCACUCGAAAUGGCAAUAUCGUUACAUGGGGUCUCAAUAACCUCAACCAGUGUGGUAGAUCAGAUGUUCCUACGUCGACUACAAAUUCACCAAAAAAGACAGCUAUUCCGAUAUGCCCGAUUGGCGAACAUAUUUGGGUGAAUGAUAUGCCAACAAUUUGCGCGCAAUGCGGCCUCUGCUCUGCUCGCGGAGCUUCAUGUGGGAAAGCUCCGCGUCAAAAAGGAAAUGCAUGCGUAUGUGGCACAGGAGAGUCGACUUGUCUUCGCUGCGGAUUAUGUAGGCCGUGCGGGGAAAUAACAGAGCCGGCUGCACCGGGAUCCCUUCAACACAUUCCAUUCAGCUCGGCAAUACCGCCACGAGCCACGGUAUCUCCUGGAAAACUGAAUUUGUCAAAGUCGGUGCCAGAUGUCAAGGUGUCAAGUGUUUGUUGUGGCAAUUUCCACACUGUCAUAUUGGCUGCUGACAGACGCGUGUUCACUUUUGGAUCGAAUUGCCAUGGUCAACUCGGAACGGGGGAUAUCAGUAGCAAAUCGACUCCGCAACAAGUGAUCCUACCAGCAGACCUUGUGGUAGUUCAAAUUGCUGCGGGAUCGAAUCACACUGUUCUACGAACAUCAGAUGGAUCAGUUUACACGUUCGGAGCUUACUCAAAAGGCCAAUUGGCGAGACAAGCCGGAGAUCGGCAGAACUGGAAUUCGAUUCCUGGAAGAGUACCUGGUUAUGGGCCUGGAUAUUCAGCAUUUGCUGGUUGGAUUGGAGCAGAAGGUGAUUCUACUAUCAUUCACAGUCACACAGCUCUCUUAUCAUCCGAUGAUGUUCUGAAUGCGCAAAUUGUGGCAACAAAGCAAAACAUUUUCAUAUUCCCUCGGGAGGUCGGGCGAGAUUAUAUUGUAAUUCGACGACGACAAAACUCGUUCGAACAUCAUUCAAUUGGAGCCGCUGGACUUUACGCUAGUUGGACCAUUGAACCAAACUUUGAUAUGCUUUGGUCAUAUAAUGCCGCCGAGAUGAGGGUUCAGGCUUAUAGUGUUUUUCAAAAACAAGAUGAACUGGUGAGUAAUCCAUUAGAUUCUCUAACUUACCAAACGUCUCCGGAAUUUGCCAUUCAACUUGAACCUGGAUGUUACACUUCCUCCCUUCAUAUGGGCAUAUUGCUACUUUCGGCAACAUUUUCAGCAAAUGUGAUGCAAAAUGCAGAAUUUUGGAAGGAUAAAAACUCUGAUCCGAGUUUUGCUGAUAUGGCACCCACUGAUAGCUACUCGGUGGUUAGCAGAUUUGAGGGAACAGGUGGAGGAUGGGGAUAUUCGGCCCAUUCGAUUGAAGCGAUUCAGUUUAAAGUUUCCAAAGAAAUUCGACUUGUUGGAGUUGGAUUAUAUGGAGGAAGAGGAGAAUAUAUAUCAAAAUUAAAAUUGUAUCGAUUAUUGGGAAAUGAAGGCGAUGAGCUGUAUGUCGAACAAAUUAGUGAGACGGAUGAGACAAUGUAUGAAUGUGGAGCACAUGAAACUGCAACGCUAUUAUUCUCACAGACAAUUGUAAUCCAACCGAAUCAGUGGCAUGUUGUUAGUGCGAAGAUAAGUGGGCCUUCGUCGGAUUGUGGCGCUAAUGGAAAACACACCGUUGAAUGUGAUGGAGUCAUAUUUUCAUUCCGAAAUUCGAUUGUUUCCAACAACGGCACUGAUGUCAAUGUUGGUCAAAUUCCCGAACUUUAUUAUCAGUUGAACAAUUCAACGGAUGGACGAGAGAAUGAGGAGUUACUUCGAAAAAAUUCAUUGACGUCGUCUCGAUUGUUUUCAUCAAAUUUAAUAGAAAAUGUAACACCAAAAGGGAUUGCCAGUAUACUGGAAGUAUUGGAAUGGAGUAUUCAAAAAGUGCAAAAUGACGAGGAAGAAAGUAUUGAGAGAUUGUGGAUGCAUGAACGAUUUGCAUUCAUUGCACUUCUCAGCAUGAGAUUAUUAUCACGUCAAAUUCGAACAAUAUAUCAAGAAGGAUCGAUCCAAGAUGAGCCGUCAAUCGAUUUCGCUAACAAACUUGUUAACCUUCAUUCUAUGCUUUUAGAAUUUUUCAGCAUUGAUAUUUCUAGUUUUGAAGAUAGGUACGCAUUGUCUCAAGUUUUAGCAGAAAGUGUCAAAUUUUUUGUGUCAUUAUCACAUUGUUUUCUAGGAUCUCGUUCAUUAAUUAAUGCUCACUUAAUAGCAAUUAUGAAUUCGCAUAGAUCACCAAUUUUGACAGCGGUUGUGAUCGGAAGUAUUGCAAAAAUGGAGAAGAUUACCAACAAAAUUCUUCAUAACUGUGCGGAAGAUACGUAUCCGAUGUUGUCUUCUCUCCUUCUGAAACACUUUGAUUGUGAGAAAGAGACCCUUGCUUCUUUAACAUCUUUCUCCAACGUUCUGAGAUUCCUUUAUGAUAAAACAUUCCAGUGCAAUCAGAUUCCAAUUCAUGAUUCUUCAAAACUUGCUGAGAACAUCAUUGUUAAAAUAUCUCAAGAAUUAGCUAUUCCGGAAGAUGAUAAUGCGAUGGGCCCCGUUAUUCAUCAGCACAUGUCAAGAUUCCGACGAAGAAGUGCAGUGCCUAAUUGGGAUAUGUCUGAUGGAUGUCCGGACUCUAUCGCAUUCCGUGUUGAUUCGGAAGGCAUCAAACUUCAUGGAUUUGGAAUUUAUCUACCGACCGAGCAUGAUAAACGACAAUUUACUGGAGAGAUUCUAAUGCUCUCGCCGGAUUCAUCCGAGAAGUGGACUUGUCUUCUGAGAGUCACUGCUGAUAUGAGUUCAGAAGAUAAGGAAACGGGAAUCAUCAAGUUUACUGAAUAUGUUCUCUUAUCUCCUGGAAUCACGUAUGCUAUUAAAUUGUGCAUGACCAAAAAUGGAAAGACAUAUUGCGGAGAAAGCGGGACUGCCCAAAUACGACUCGUCAAUGGUACACGAUUAUUUUUCUCCGGGUGCUCUUUGAGCCACAAUGGAACGACUGUACAACGAGGACAAAUCCCGUUCAUUCUAUAUUCUGUCAUGGAUCAAUCGAAGACUUCGCAUAUCACGCAGGAAAUGAUACACGAUUCGUUUUUAUUGCUGCUUCGCUUAGCCACUAACAAAAUAGGCUCCGCAAUUGGUUUGGGUGAGAUCCCCGAAACUGGAAGAUCAUUGAUUUCACGAAUCUCUCCUCAUAUUAUGGUAUUUAUGGAACGAUUUCCGGAUAAGUCUCUCGAGAUCAUGUCUACACUAGAGCAACUCAUUCCUUUGGUCUCUAACAUGAAUGGAACUAUUGAGACGAGUGAAAGUGAAGAAUGGAGAGAUAACGAGUUAUCUGAAUCGGCAUGUAUUCCGAUUGUUGUGGAAAGUCCUCAUCCGUAUAAGCCAAACUCAGUGUUUUCAAUGGUCGUUGGAUUCAAUGAAAACAUCGACUUUAUGUGCAUCCGAUUCUCGCCCAACUGCGAAACAGCUCAAUUCGACGAUCAAUUGACCAUUUAUGUUGGCGUCAAUGGGCAUUCGUAUAUGCCAGUGGAACGGUGCUAUGGAUCCCACGAUUGGCCCAAUUAUCCGAUGAUUCUUCCCGGCAAUUCACUAUGGUUUGUGCUCGAAACGUCGACUAGUGUUGAAGGCGCGACAUUCGAGCAGAUGUUCGGAUAUCACGUAACAGUCUCGGGAUACAUGUCGACCGAAAAGGAUUCGAAUCUUCGUUUGGAGCAGGAGCUCGUUUGGUUGAGCGCCAAUGCUUGUAGAAUAAUGGUACAGCUGCCAGUGAACCCAAAAAGUAUUGAGCACCUGUCAACUGCCGAAGACGACACGCGGCAUCUUUUCGAGAAACAUGGGAGUUUGUUGAAGAAAGGAUUGAGCUUGAGUCAUUCGCCGACGUUGGCCGAGUUGAUAACCAAAGGGCAUCCGCCAUCUGCACAAUCUCCGGAUUUGCUGUUCCUCAAAGAGUUUUUGGCGGCUCAUCCUGCGACGUCUUCUGGCUUUCUUGCACGAUGGCUUCCGGCAGGUCCUGUCGUUGACCCUUCCAAGUGUCAGCUUGCGAUUAGCGGAGAAGAAAUGGUUGUCGGAAAACCGGUGAAAAUCAAGCUAUCAUGUCGAGAUCAAUUUGAUCGAGAAGUCGAAUGCCCAAAAUUGAUUGUUGAAGUGUUUGCUACCCUCGGUGCUCGUAGUUCGAAGAUUUCAAUGCAUGGAAAGUUGUCUGGUGACAGUUUGCCAUCAGCGCUGUUGAUCCAGCAAAAUCCGUUCCAGGCAAUAAUUGCAAAUCGAACGAGAUACAUGAAUAUUUGUGCAAUGCCAGCAUUCGCGAACUAUUCCAUUGAAGAAAUUCGCCUUGGAUUCAUGAAAGAAGACCUUGUCAAGGAUAAAGCGGUGUUAACCAGUCAAGGGAAAUCAAUAUUCUGUGGAAACUGGACGCCUUCUGUUCCUGGAAAUUAUCGUCUUGAAUGCAAAGUUGAUGGAUAUGAUAUUGCUCAUACCUACAGUGUUGAAAUCGUCGAAAUGACGAACAAGCCGGAGGAGAAAGUUGUUCAUCGUGGAGCUCAGAUGAAAACUGCCCAAACUGCUGUUAUCCCAUUCACAAGUGCAUUUUCUGGACUGCGAAUGCGUUUGGGAACAACGUUGGCAUCUACUCCAGUGGGUGUGAUCCCAAGGGGCGCAAUAAUUGAAUUUAUCGAGGAGAUUGAGAACGAUGAUGGAAAAUGGAUUCGUCUUACCGAUGAAACAGCACUUCUUUAUGGGUGUACUAUCGGAAGUGGACAGAUUUGGUGUCUCGCAUAUCAUCGAGCACUCCGCCGACAGCUCAUUCCAUUGGGUGACAAACAGAACAGGGAGAAGACUGUGAAACUCCGGAAGAAAAUUGUGGAAUCGGAAGAAAGAAAUACGAAACAUCAUAGUAUUUCGAUCGAUGCAGAUGAAACUUAUCUUUUGUCGUCGACGGACACUCUUCAAGUCUAUUCUCAGCCAACACCGAAUGCUAUUAUUCGUGGCGAAAAGAUUGUUGGUCCUCAAGAAAUUGUGAGCAGUGGAUGGCUGACGAAUCGGCAUGGAGUUUGGAUUAAACUUGCUGGUGCCGAAAAAUAUGUUCUCCAAAGUGUUGAUGCUUCAUCAGAUAAUCUGGAAAGAUCGUUGAAUUUCUCAACGAAUGGAAACGAAGAGGAAAUCGAUUGCGGUAGAGAACGCGAAGUUCCAAGACAUCUGCCGAUUGCGAUUCAGCCAUCGGUGGCCGAUUGUAUUCGUGCGGUGUUCGCUGCUUUUGUGUGGCAUGAGCACCUGGUGAAAGAUCUGAUGGCUGCAGCUGCUUACCUUAGAUUUCAUCAAAAUUUGCAUAACAUUUGGCAAUCCUGCGAUGUUCCUGCGACGAGUAAUGCGCCGGCAGCUCUUCAGCCGAUUGUCAAAAUUUGGAGAGAAAUUUGUGAAGUUGUUCAAGUAAGCGUUGAACAACAUCUCAUAAUGCCGGCGGUCACCAACAAGACAUUGCUAGCUGAUUCCAUCAAGCAAUCCGUAGGAAGCGGUGGUUGUGAACUUUGUGAUGAAACAUUCAAAGUGCCACUAACCGUUCAUCUAAGAAUGGCUCAUCCGGGUUGCGGUGGCGAUUGUCUUGGUUAUGGAUAUAAUUCAAACGGAAAGUUCACAACUGGUUGGUCGGGAGAAUGCGGUACAGGUGGUCGGGGACAAGCUCCUUGGUACUUGAUGUGCAAUAAUUGUCGGUCGCAAUAUUUACGGAAGACACCUGCUGGGCAUCAUAUGGAAAGAACGAGACGUUGGAGGGAAUUCCGUUUCUCGACGUCUGCUUCUGAAGCUCGGCCUGAAGUCAUCAUCCGAUUGAAUGCAUUGUUCCUUCUGGAUUUAAAUUCUAGUUUGCACUCAGAUUCAGCAAACUCUUCCACUGCAACUUCUGGAUGGACGAUAAAUUUGUUUCCAACACAUUCUAGUACACCUUCGACUAUGCCAAAAAGUGUGAAAAAGAUCGAUUCUUCUAUUGCAAAAACAUCAUAUAUGGCACAAUCACUUAUGAAAACCGGUUAUUCUUCUGAUCCAGGGCCGAAAGCAUGCAGUAUUCUUAGUCCGCCGGGUAACGGACCCGACCAAACAGCAUCUCUGAAUCGACAUGGCAACGUUCCGGCUCCUACAGAAGUUCUUCAAUCACCAUCUGCGGCCUUGCGAACGCUGUUUUCAAACGCAACACCUUCUACGACUGCGCUUUUGAAGCGUCCAGUGUUAGCGUUUUGUGUAGAACAUCAUGAUCUUAAAAGGAUUCGUGCCGCAUGUGCUCAAUCUGUUCGGCGCGCCGUUGCGUUCUCCCAUGCUCUUCGUGUGUGGAAUUGGCUCCUUCGAAUGGUUUCCUCAGAAACGAGUGUCUCCGAUGUUAUUCUUCAAUAUCUCACGGCACUCACCUCCUACAAUCGUCUAGCGGAAUACAUAUAUUCCUCAAAGAAGAAUGCGAACAUCCUCCCACAUCCCUGGAGGUUGUGCUUCCUCGCAGGACCAAUUGCUGGCGAAAUGGUGUGCCAGUUGCACUCAUUUCUUCAUACCGUCUCGAUCAUUCUUCAAUCGUCUGGAGUCGAUGGACGACUUCGAUCACUUUGUUUUAAAGCAUGGACACUUCAACUAACCGCUCAAGAACAAGAUCUUCUCAUUUUGACGUGUAAUAUCCUUGCAACAGUUGGAGGAGUACUCUCAGACACAUCGAUCAAUGAAAUAUCGCGAAUCACCAAAAAUGAAGAAAUGAUUGAUGUUACGAAAUUUGUGAAAAUUACGGCAUCAAGUAGACAGGCGAUGGUGAUUUGCUUGACCGAUGAAAGUGGCGAAACAUUCUGGGAAAGUGGGGACGAGGAUAAGAAUCGAUCACGAACUCUCAAUGUGCAGAUUGAAGAAGAAGCCACUGGAGUUCUUUUAUCAGUAUUCAUUGAUAAUGUUCGAGAUGAUGGAUAUCGAGUACAUUCUGUAGCUUUCAAAGCGAUUGAAGCUGAUGGAAGCAAAAAAGAUUUGAACUUUAUCAAUGUUGAAAAUAAUUACACCGGCUGGGUGAAAUGUUGCAUCGCCACAGUUCGACACAUUCAAAUCACGUUCAAAGGACCUUCUCCAUCUUCAAGAGUUCGACAAUUGGCUGUUCUUGGAUUUACUGAGAAAAUCACUGCUACGUCGAGUCUUCCGCCUUCGUCAUCUCAUCAUUUGUUCUUCAGCAAUACUCAAAGAGAUGCUUUUGCAUUGUUCCAAGCGAUUUCGUCACAAGCUUUCUGUGGAGAAUUUUCGGAAGAUGAUACAUUGCGAGAGCACGUCAUUGAUUUGCUGUUCAGUCGAGUUCAAUUAUAUCCUUUGCAAAAUUAUGUGUACAACCAAGUUGUUCAAGCAAUGCAAAGGGAAGUUGAACUUCUUUGCCAAAAAUCAAAGCGAAACUACUCGUAUUGUUGUGGAUUGAUGGGAUUGUUGGUUAGAAUAUGCGAUUGUAAUGUUUCUGCCGACAUUUCUGGUCAAAAGAACACGAUCUUGUCAUCGAUAACUCAAUUGCUCGUUUUUGCUCCACUGGUUGUUCAACGACAAUGUCUUAAUUCGCUUGAAUGCAUAUUUCGUUCGUUCACUCCAAAUGCUGUAGAAGUAUCGAAAAUCAUUCGGAAUCUCCUCAUUGUUGUGGGAAAAGUUAUUCAGCUGCAAGUGAGAGAUAAAGCAGCUCAUACUGUGGUCACCGUUCAUCUGUGUUCUUCGCUAGUAAAUGCGCCACAGAAUUGGCGAGUUGAUCGGCCGAUUGAUAUCGAAAUUGGAAGGCAAACCGCGCAAUUAAUAAUGAGCAUAUGUGACGGAACCUAUUCUGAUGAUUGGGCCGAAGCCGCUCGUGCAGAACUUGCCAACACAUUGCUGAGUCUUGUGCAAAUGCCCGAAUCAAUGUCAUUCUCGGAGCAAUUAUCAUCGGGAAGGGCGCGAUCGUCUGGAAUCAUCGGUUCAAAGCGAUUCUGGCUCGCUGUUGCGUCUUUAGCAUUGAUCAAAGAUAAGAAAUGGUUGGAAUUGUCGGAGAGGUGGAGGACCGUGCAGGAACAAGUCGAGGAUGAGCCGGUUAUCCUUUGUGAGAACCAUGACGACGGUAGCACCGUUGCUCAAGUAUUCUGUUUGGACUGCGAUGUCGCGCUUUGUAAGGAAUGUUUCACGGUUAUGCACCUUCACAAGAAAAAUCGGAAUCAUGGUGUGAAGAGUCUGGCUCAAUCGAAUGUUCAACAUGAUAUCAAUAUUCAUCAAGGAUGCGCAAGAAUGAAACUCAUGAAUUUACUGGUUUUAUUCCAUGGAGAAGCUUUGAAUGGAAUGGUUGAAAUCACUUCGGAUGUUAUUUUUCCGUCGUCUUCGGGCAAUCCAAUGCAAUCAUCAGCAUUUAGUCCUGGAAACCAGAAUUCGUUCUGCCGUUUUUGCGGAAAUUCUGUGCCUAGUCAUGAGCAGAAUCUCGACGGCACAUGCUCUCAUGAUGAUUGUGUUAACUACGCGAAAACUGCGUGCAACAAAGUGCAUUCUUGCGGACAUUUUUGCGGCGGCAUCAAGGACGAGGUUGAUUGUCUUCCGUGCAUGACGUGCAAACGAUCGGAUGCUAAUCAAGACAGCGAUGACGUAUGUGUGAUCUGUUUCACAGAGCGUCUUGGAGCUGCACCAUGUAUUCGACUUGAGUGCGAUCACAUAUUCCAUUAUCAUUGUGUUCGAAUGAUUCUUGAUCGCCGAUGGAAUGGACCAAGAAUUGUUUUCCGAUUUAUGCAUUGUCCACUUUGUAUUCAAAAGAUAUCUCAUCCUGGGUUAACGGAUCUUCUUGAACCAUUGUUAGUCAUCCGCCAAGAAGUUAUUGAAAAAGCGAAAAUGCGGCUCGAAUAUGAUGGUUUGAUGUCAUCGCCAGCUCUGACAGAUCCUAGAAGCGAAUUUUUCAAUCAGCCUGAAGAAUACGCCUUAGAUCGUUACAUGUAUGUUCUUUGUCACAAGUGUAAGAAAGCAUAUUUCGGCGGAGAAAGCAGAUGUCAAGCGGCAUUGGAUAGCUCUCAAUACAAUCCGGAAGAGCUUAUUUGUGGUGCUUGUUCGGACACCACUGGAGUGCAAGUCUGCCCAAGACAUGGAGUAGAAUUUUUAGAGUAUAAAUGUAGAUUCUGCUGCUCAAUAGCUGUAUACUUUUGUUUUGGAACAACUCAUUUUUGCGCACCGUGCCACGAUGAUUUCCAGCGUCUGAUGACACUGCCGAAAAACCUACUUCCGCCAUGUCCAGUUGGCCCUCGAUCGAUGCCAUUGGACGAGCCGAGUUGUCCUUUAAAGAUGAAGCACCCGCCCACUGGAGAAGAAUUCGCAAUGGGCUGCGGCAUUUGUAGAAACAUUAGCACUUUUUAG